UCUAGAAAUUAUUAUGAAAAAAUAAAAUUAAAUGGAUGAAGAAAAUACGCCAGAGAAAUGUGGUGAAGAAAAUCCUCCUUUCCAGUUAAUUCAGCACAAUGACACCAAAUUCGUUGCCUGCGAUCUGAGGAAUCGAAAUUUGGGCAAGUGCCGCAGCUGUCUCGCACCUUUUUGCCAAAAACCCAUUAAGGUGUACCACCAUUCCCGGAAUUACCUGGCCUGCGAAGUCCAGAGGUCUUUGUCAAAAAAAUCCACAAGGUCACUUCCUGCCAAUUCUACAUCAACGGCAAAAAGGAAUAUUAAGACAGAUCUUAAUAAUAAAUCUCGGUUGCCUUUGUUCGGUUUUAAAGGAUGUGAAGAGUGCAUAGCUCCAAAGUGCAAAACCUCUUCUAGGUGUUCCAUUCUGAGCAAAACGAAUUAUGAGAAGUCUCUUCUGCAGGAGUUCUAUAAAACCAAAGCUCCAAAAUUACAAACCAAGGCAGUUAAACAAUCUAUACUGAGAGAAAACAAUAAAUAUCGAAAACUCCACAACGCCAGUCCCUUGAAAAUGGAUGCGGAACUAGCUUCAUAUGCACAGGAGUGGGCAGAUCACCUGGCUGAAAAGAAUCUCCUGGAAACUCGACCUCUUCCCCUUUAUGGUGAGAACAUUAUGUGUGUCCGUAAAUCACUUUUCUGUGUUGAUCAAAUAAUGAGACUCUGGUAUCAAGAGAAGUACAAUUACAAUUACUAUAGGCCAAGUUUCGAUCUAUAUACCGGACAUUUUACUCAGAUGGUUUGGAGAGAAACAGAGUUCCUGGGAGUGGGCGUGGCCUCCAAUGAUUCUCACAUAUGGAUUGUGUGCAAUUACCACCCACCUGGUAAUGUAAGUGGUCAUUACAAGGAGAAUGUUCAGCCAAGAAAAAACUUGGUAGACGAUUCGGAGGAAAUCAAAAGAUCUAAAAAUAUUCGAUUCAAGUCGAAACUUAAAACUUUUUACUAA